AUGAUUCAAGCACAGGGUGUUUCAAAUGUAUUCGUUCGUCAAAUGAAUUUGCUUACAGGUUUCCGAGUAAACACAAUGGCAUUCGCAACUAGAAAUUACCGAAUUUUCUGCAAGUUAUACAAUUCUAAUUUGACAGCUAAUUAUUUGACACUUUGUAAAUCCGGAGCACGAAUAAAUAUACUCUCAUCGAUUCAGAAAUGUGAAUUUCAUAAGCAAACUGACCGGCCUGAAGUGACUACCUCCGUAUUGUCCGGAUCAAAAUCUCCCUUAGAUCCAAUUUUAAAGGACAAGCAAGAUGGGCACCAAGGUUCAGGCUCGUCUCACGAUAAUAUGGGCGUUGAUGAAGAAGAGCUGCGUAGGCGAGAAAACUCCUGGAAGUACACAAAGUGGAGUUUAGUUGCGAUGGGACUGAGCUUUGGUAUUGGAGGUGGGUUCUUUAUUUACGAAACGUCUCUACCUCAGCGUGAUGAACAGGGUAACAUUAUCGAGGAUGAGUACUCUCACAUGUCUUUUAUUCCAAGAACUAUGUACCGUGUUCUUAAAAGACUGCAAUAUUAUACUGAGGUAAUUCAAAAUCCUAUGAGCGAUAAAUUGUUACCAGACAAUCCAUACCCGUUUCAGCCAAUUGUUGUAGUGCUAGAAUUGAACGACGUACUAGUUCACCCGGAAUGGACGUAUGAAACCGGUUGGAGGUUUAAAAAACGUCCUGGACUAGACUUAUUUUUAGACAAUUUGUCGCAGUAUUUUGAACUGACGAUAGCGCCGGUUUUAGCAUCACUAGACCCCAAAGGAGUUGCACAUAAAUUAAUGAGAGAAGCGACGCGCUUUAUUGAUGGGUGUCACAUCAAAGAUUUGGAUGCUCUUAAUAGGGAUCUCAAGAAAAUUAUUGUCGUGGACUGGAACCCUAGCAACGUAAAGCUUCAUCCAGACAAUCUCUUCAAAAUACCUCGGUGGGACGGCAACGAUGAUGACACAACAUUGUUUUACUUAGCGUCGUUUUUAAAGACUGUGGGAAGUCUGGAUAUUGCCGACGUGCGCGAUGUUCUAGUGCAUUAUCAACAAUACGAUGAUCCUGUAGCAGCAUUUACUAUAAACCAGCAAAAUUUAAUGAAAAAAAUGGAAGAAGAAGAAAUAAUGAAGAAAAAAUCGGAAAGCAUUAAUGAAUAA